UGUAACUUUUUCCCGCGCAUUUCACACGCGUCGGCACAACAAAAGAUCGGAAGUAAAGAACCCAGAUUCCAAACUCAUUCCGAGCCAAACAGACGCGCGAAAUGGACAAUCCUAGCUCUCCGCCGCCAAAUACUCCCAGCGACGCCGUAGAUCGCCGGGAACUGCGAGCCGCGAUGACUUCGCCGGUGGGCGACUUUGAGCCAUUCGAAAACGAGGAUGAGAUCCUUGGGGAUCAGACUGUGCGAAAUGAAGAGGACGAGGAGGAUGGGGAGGAGCUGUUCGGGGAUAAUAUGGAAAACGACUACCGUCCCAUGCCGGAACUGGACCACUACGAUCCGGCGAUGCUCGAUGAUGAGGACUUCUCAGAGAUGUCGCAGGGCGAUCGCUUUGCUGCCGAGUCUGAGAUGCGGCGUCGGGAUCGUGCCGCUGGCAUCCACCGCGACGAUCGUGAGCUGGGCUUUGGUCAGUCCGACGAUGAGGAUGAUGUGGGUCCCCGGGCCAAGAGACGCGCCGGAGAAAAGGCCGCCGUGGGUGAGGUGGAGGACGCCGAGAUGGUCGAGUCCAUCGAGAACUUGGAGGAUACUAAGGGACACUCCACCAAGGAGUGGGUGAGCAUGCUGGGACCGCGCACCGAGAUCGCCAAUCGAUUCCAGUCCUUCCUGCGUACCUUUGUCGAUGAUCGCGGCGCGUAUACCUACCGUGAUCGCAUCCGCCGGAUGUGCGAGCAGAACAAAUCAUCGUUCGUAGUCUCCUACACGGAUCUGGCCAACAAGGAGCACGUUCUGGCUUACUUCCUGCCGGAGGCACCUUUCCAGAUGCUCGAGAUCUUCGACAAAGUGGCCAAGGACAUGGUUCUCUCCAUUUUCCCCACCUACGAGCGCGUCACCACCGAGAUCCAUGUGCGCAUUUCCGAGCUUCCGCUUAUCGAGGAGCUGCGCACAUUCCGCAAGCUGCAUUUAAACCAGUUGGUACGCACCUUGGGCGUAGUCACAGCCACCACGGGGGUCCUGCCACAGUUGUCGGUGAUCAAGUACGACUGCGUCAAAUGUGGCUACGUCCUGGGUCCCUUUGUCCAGUCGCAGAACACAGAAAUCAAGCCAGGAUCAUGCCCAGAGUGUCAGAGCACAGGACCCUUUUCCAUCAACAUGGAACAGACGCUGUAUCGGAAUUACCAGAAGAUCACGCUGCAGGAGUCGCCGGGAAGGAUUCCCGCUGGACGUAUCCCCCGAAGCAAAGACGUCAUCCUGCUAGCCGAUUUAUGCGAUCAGUGCAAGCCCGGAGAUGAGCUGGAGGUCACUGGCAUUUACACCAACAAUUACGAUGGUUCCCUGAACACGGAUCAGGGAUUCCCCGUUUUUGCCACUGUGAUCAUUGCCAAUCAUGUGGUCGUGAAGGACUCCAAACAGGUGGUGCAGUCGCUGACGGACGAGGACAUAGCCACCAUCCAGAAGUUGAGCAAAGAUCCGCGCAUCGUCGAGCGUGUUGUGGCCUCUAUGGCGCCGUCUAUUUACGGACAUGAUUACAUCAAGCGAGCCUUGGCUUUGGCUUUGUUUGGCGGAGAGUCCAAGAAUCCUGGCGAGAAGCACAAGGUGAGGGGCGACAUUAAUCUGCUGAUCUGUGGAGAUCCCGGCACGGCCAAAUCGCAGUUCCUCAAGUACACCGAGAAGGUGGCACCGCGAGCAGUUUUCACAACCGGCCAGGGAGCCAGUGCCGUGGGUCUGACGGCCUAUGUGCGUCGCAAUCCCGUCUCCAGGGAGUGGACCUUGGAAGCUGGUGCCUUGGUCCUGGCAGAUCAGGGAGUUUGUCUGAUUGACGAGUUCGACAAGAUGAACGACCAGGAUCGGACCUCUAUCCAUGAAGCUAUGGAACAGCAAUCGAUUUCCAUAUCCAAGGCGGGCAUAGUCACCUCUCUUCAGGCUCGCUGCACGGUGAUUGCCGCUGCCAAUCCCAUUGGUGGCCGCUACGAUCCUUCCAUGACGUUCUCCGAGAAUGUAAACUUGUCGGAGCCCAUCCUAUCUCGUUUCGAUAUCCUGUGCGUGGUCAAGGACGAGUUCGAUCCCAUGCAGGACCAGCAGCUGGCCAAGUUCGUGGUGCACUCACAUAUGAAGCACCAUCCCAGCGAGGAAGAGCAACCGGAAAUGGAGGAGCCACAGCUGAAGACUGUCGAUGAGAUCCCACAAGAUCUCCUGCGCCAAUACAUUGUUUAUGCCAAGGAGAACAUCCGCCCCAAGCUUACAAACAUUGAUGAGGACAAGAUCGCCAAGAUGUAUGCCCAGCUGCGCCAGGAGUCCUUCGCCACUGGAUCGCUGCCCAUUACGGUGCGACACAUUGAGAGUGUGAUCCGUAUGUCCGAGGCCCAUGCCCGCAUCCACUUGCGCGAAAACGUCCUGGAGGCGGACGUCAGCAUGGCCAUCCGCAUGAUGCUGGAGAGCUUCAUCGAAGCCCAGAAGUUCAGUGUGAUGAAGAAGAUGCGCAACACAUUCCAGAAGUACCUGGCCUUCCAAAAGGAUCACUCCGAGCUGCUCUUCUUCAUUCUCCGCCAACUUACCCUCGACCAGCUGGCCUAUAUCCGUUGCAAGGACGGCCCCGGAGCCACGCACGUUGAGAUCAUGGAGCGGGAUCUGAUCGAGAGGGCCAAGCAGCUGGACAUUAGUAACCUAAAGCCCUUCUACGAGUCGGACCUGUUCCGCACCAACGGCUUUUCGUACGAUCCUAAGCGUCGUAUCAUCCUCCAGAUUGUAGUCGAUGGAAACACUGCUUAGGUUAUGGAGGCACCCCAUUACGUUUCGUAUUCCAAUCUCAUUUAGUUAAGGAAGUCUCAUCCAUGUUUUGUUACCACCACCCAUUUUCUAAUAAAGUUUGA